AUGAUUUAAAACGCGAGACCAAAAUCAUAGUUUUCUACAUUAUUGUAUCUUUAGUUUGUAAACGAACAGCAAUUUAAGAAAUCGUGCUAGCAAUUAGACUUAAAAGAAUUUAUAUUAGAGUUAUCUUCUUCCAAUUUUAUUGAUAGCCUAUCUUUGAAAAAUCUAGGAAAUAUAUGUUUUAUGCUAGCAACUGGAAUAUUUUUGCAAUACUCUUAAAUAAAUAGUUCACUUAAAGAUAAAGUUAAGUUGUUUGCUUAGUCAAUUUUAAAUGAAAAAGAUCGUAAGGAUAAACUCACAGCAACUAAUUAUAAAACUAAAAGAAAAAAUAGAACUACUACAACGAACAAAAAAAGAGAUGACAGAGAUUAGUUGAUUCAGGAUGUAUUUAAAUCUGCCCGUGCUAUUAGAAUGCAAAGUAUAAAUAAUUUAGAAAACUCACUUGCAUAUCGUAAUUAUCCAAGUUAUAUCCUACCAAAUGAUAUGAGCUUGACUUAUCUACUUUAGAAUCCUUUAAUUAAUCCAAUAGAUGGAUUGAAUGAAAUAUAAUCUCAUGGAUACAGCAAUCAAAGCUCGUAAAAAAUGAAUGAUGUAAUGGAAUUAGAUUUUCUUCCAUAAAAUGAUAAAAUUUUUGAAGAUAUACAAAUUAUUUUAAAUUCAGAUCAAAGCAAUUAAAGUUAUUACAAAUUAAGCUCGUUCCCAAGUGAUAUUCACCUUUAAAUUGUUGACAAUCAGUGGGAAUCUAUUUCUCAAAAUAGCAAUAUUAAUAAAAACUAAUCUAUUCGCUAAGAAGUUAUGCAAGAAAUUAUGGACAAUGGAUUUUUAGAUUAACCUGUAGAUGAAGAAACAGCUUAGAUAAAUUUAGAAGAGUUUGAAAGGUAGCAAAGAUUAGAUUUACUAAGAUUUUAAAAAUAGUCUACAAAAAAAAUUUAACAGGAAUUGUAAAACACAAACGAAAACCUAUUUACAUAGCUAUAAAAUUACUCUUUGAAAGACCGUAAAAUAUAUAAAAUAAAAAACAUUUAGACUCAUUAAAAAACAGAAAAUAAUGAUAAUUACCCAGAAUUUAGCUAAAUUAGCUCAGUAACUUAUAAUUAAAAUGUGGGAAGAAAGAGAGGUUAAAAAGGUAGAAAAAACAGAGAUUAUCAUUAGAAAGAUAAAGUUAAAGUAAUAUUAGACACUUCAAUUGAUUAAAAAAUUAAUACUUCAUUAAAUAGCUCCUAAGAUCCUCUUAACACAUCUCAAAGUGAAAUAUUUAAUUCACGUAAAUAAUAGCCGUAAAAGUAAACCUCUAAUAAACUUAGCCUCAAUUAAGCUUAAAAAAAAAAUACUAAAAAAUUAUCGUAUGAAAAACCUGACAGCUUUUUAUAAUAAUUGGAAAUAAAUAGCUUGCAAUAAAUAGAUUAGUUUUCAAAUUUUCAAAAAUACCAUUUAUUCAAUUAAAAUCCUAAUGAAAUUUAAUUUAAAUCCUCGAAUUUUUAAUCCUCAGAGUUAUAAACUAAUCAACUAAUAAAUCAUCCAUUGGCAUAAUUAGAUUUGAUAUAACACGCUAUAAGCGAAUUAGAUUAAACCCCUAAUAACUCUUUUAAGCCAUAAAUGCUUGGAAAUUAAAAGUAUGAUUAAAUUUUUAGAACUAAUUUAAAGGCAGAUUAAAGCCUUAAUAGUUCAUUUUCAUAUCCCUAAUAAAGUAGUGAAUAUUCCUCUUAAAUAGCCGCAGUAAUGCAUGGAGAAAAAUAAUUUCAUGAGCAAUAGUAUUUAAUGGAAGAAUAUCAAUAAUAUCCAUUUAAUUAAAAAUUUAGCACUCAAAAGAAAGACCAUGAUUCAUCUUCUAAUUAAUCCAAACAAGAUUAAACAUCUUAAAAAUCAAAAUCUCUCUAAAAAGUUUAAUUAAAUCAAUACAUCAAUAUAUAACCUUUGGCAAAUCUGUCAUUUAAUUAAAUAUAAAUGAAUGAGAGUAAAAGAAAUUAGAUUUCCCAUCUAAACGAAUUUAACAGCAUACUAGACCCUAUUAUCGAAGGGUAAACAAGUCUCAUGAUAUUGUAAGGUAUGUAAGAUAAAUCUUCAUUACAAUGUGAAGGAAUUUUAUAGAGCCCACUCUACAUGCAAGAUAGUUUAUUAGAAAUUAAUAGUUCAAAUACAAAUUUAGACAACAAAGAAAACUUUUUGCAUCUGUCAAAAGAAGCUAAUUAAUUAUUAUAGAUGAUAGUGUAAAAGAUCAAAGAAAAAAAGUUAAAGAAACUCGAGCUUGAAAAAAAUUUUUCUGGAACUUAAUAAGUAAAAUCUUUUGUUUUUUAUAAUCUUUUAAGCUUGAAAGCUGCUGAUAAGAUAGAACUAAUUCAAAAAUAAUAACUGAAUUUUUCUCCAAUUGAAAUUUCUAUCAAUGAAAAUCAGGUUUGA